AGAAGAAGACUGCGUUACCAAGGAGACGUGAGCUGUGGUGCUACUGACCGUUAGCCGUUGAAGUAACGUUAGCCGUUGGAACUACCGUUAGCCGUUGAACUCGGAGGAAGAGUAGAGAGGACUUUCGGUGCCGCAUGUUUUUUUUUGUGUGUGUGUGUAAGGAGACAUUUGUGACAUGGCAGAACUGCACAUUAUAGGCCAGAUCGUCGGUGGCACUGGUUUCCCGCAAAACAGUCUGUUUUGCAAAUGGGGAGUUCAUACGGGAGGAGCAUGGCGUCUCCUGGCCGGGCUGAAGGAGGGUCAGACCCAGGUGGACAUCCCCCAAAUCGGAGACAUGGCGUACUGGAGCCACCCGAUUGAUCUCCACUACGCCACAAAGGGAGUGCAAGGCUGGCCGAAGCUUCACCUCCAGGUGUGGCACCAGGACUCCUUCGGCCGCUGCCAGUUGUACGGUUACGGAUACUGCCAUAUCCCCUCCAGCCCCGGACACCACCGGAUCAGCUGUGUGACCUGGAGGCCGAUCGGGUCCUGGCAGGAGCAGCUGGCGCAAAUGUUUGUCGGCGGAGGUCCUCAGCUCCGCAGCCCGGAGCUUGUGUACAGCGGGGCGGACAGAUACAGACUGCACACCGAAGCCAUGGGGACGGUGGAGCUGGAGAUAGGCAUCAUUAUGAGACACUUCGACAAAUAUGGCGUCGAGAGUUAACGGAGUGACGUUGAAAAGGACUUUAUGAAUUUAUUUAUAUAUGGUGCAGGCGGAGGUCAGACUUGGUUUUAGUACAGUUUUGUACUUUUUUUUUGCAUUUGUGGUUUUUUUAUAUACAUUAAUAUUAGGUGUACGUGAAUAAAGAA